UGUGUAAUAAAUGUGCUGAGGACUUGUCGUGUGAUGCCCGUAAUAACAGCAGGCGUGUCGUUACCAGGCAACGCAGCAACAAAAUUACUGGAGAAAAAAAGGAGGGCGGGUAGGCUGUGGAGCAGGGAGACCUGGGAAAGAAGAGGGAUGUCAGAAAGAGAUUCUGUUAGCUCAGUCUAUUGCGUGCUAGUACAAUGUAGAGAGAGAGAAGGGGAGAAAGAAAGAAGAGCGUGUAUCAGUUUGCAAUCACUUGUUUUUUUUUUUUUUUUAAACAACGCUGAUUUCCAAGACUGCUACUGAAGCUCAACCCGUAUUAGUAAUAUAUUAAUGGCACCGUGAGGGAAACAGCCGGGGGUACAUGGAACACUGCCGGACCGGGUGUGGAUCUUUUGCGCUAGAAACGGAACCAUGGACGAUGAAGAAGCGUGAGAGUCGAAAGUCCAGCCCGCAGCCUCCCCUGGAUGCCGAGGAGGAUGGGCAGGAGCCUGGGAGUGUCGCUGUCAAUCACUCCCACACCAAGAAAGCCUUCCGGGUGAUGAACGAGCUGAGGAGUAAGAAGAUGCUGUGUGACGUGACGCUGGUGGCGGAGGAUGUUGAGAUCUGGGCUCAUCGCAUCGUGCUGGCUGCCUGCAGCCCCUACUUCUGCGCCAUGUUCACAGGGGACAUGAGCGAGAGCAAAGCGAAGAGGGUGGAGAUUAAGGACGUGGACGGGCAGACCCUGACCAAGCUGGUGGACUACGUUUACACUGCCGAGAUCGAGGUCACUGAGGAGAACGUCCAGGUGCUGCUACCUGCUGCCAGUCUGCUGCAGCUCAUGGAUGUGAGGCAGGUGUGCUGUGAGUUCCUGCAGUCUCAGCUGCACCCCUCAAACUGCCUGGGAAUCCGCGCCUUCGCAGACCUGCACACCUGCACGGAGCUACAGAGCCAGGCCAACGCCUACGCAGAACAGCACUUUCCGGAGGUGAUGCUGGGAGAGGAGUACCUGAGCUUGAGCCUGCAGCAAGUGUGCAGCUUGAUCUCCAGCGACAAGCUCACUGUCUCGUCCGAGGAGAAGGUGUUUGAAGCCGUGCUUGCGUGGAUAAAGUACGAGGAGGAGUCACGUCUGGAGCACAUGCCCCAGCUGAUGGAGCAUGUCCGGCUGCCCCUUCUGCCCAGGGACUACCUGGUACAGACGGUGGAGGAGGAGGCCUUCAUCAAGAACAACAACACUUGCAAGGACUUCCUGAUCGAGGCCAUGAAGUACCACCUGCUCCCACUCGACCAGCGGCACCUCAUGAAGAACCCUAGGACCCGGCCGCGCACCCCUGUCAGCCUGCCCAAGGUGAUGAUGGUGGUGGGGGGACAGGCCCCGAAAGCGAUCCGCAGUGUGGAGUGUUAUGACUUCCUGGAGGACCGCUGGUACCAGGUGGCUGAGCUCCCCUCCAGGAGGUGCAGAUCAGGUGUGGUGUUCAUGGCGGGGUGUGUGUACGCAGUGGGGGGCUUCAACGGCUCUCUGCGGGUGCGGACGGUGGACGUGUAUGACGGAGCAAAGGACCAGUGGACCUCCAUUGCCAGCAUGCAGGAGCGACGCAGCACGCUGGGGGCCGCUGUGCUGGGGGACCUGCUGUACGCAGUGGGGGGCUUCGAUGGCAGCACGGGGCUGUCGUCGGUGGAAGCCUACAGCUCCAAGACGAAUGAAUGGUUCUUUGUGUCUCCCAUGAACACAAGGAGGAGCAGCGUGGGGGUCGGAGUGGUGGAAGGGAAGCUGUACGCUGUGGGAGGAUACGAUGGCGCCUCGCGACAGUGCCUGAGCACGGUGGAGGAGUACAACCCCAUCUCCAACCGCUGGAGCUUCGUGGCAGACAUGGGUACGCGGCGCAGCGGAGCAGGAGUGGGGGUCCUGAGCGGACAUCUGUACGCCGCGGGGGGACAUGACGGGCCGCUGGUCCGAAAGAGCGUGGAGGUGUACGACGCCCACAGCAACACCUGGAGGCAGGUGUGUGACAUGAACAUGUGCCGAAGGAACGCAGGUGUGUGCGCGGUGAACGGCAUGCUGUAUGUAAUCGGGGGCGAUGAUGGCUCGUGUAACCUGGCCUCAGUGGAGUACUACAACCCUGCCAUUGACAAAUGGACCCUCAUCCCCACCAACAUGAGCAAUGGGAGGAGCUACGCAGGGGUGGCGGUCAUCGAUAAGCCGUUAUGACCAGAGACUCCGGUCGGCAUGGCAGCUCGGCCGGGAAAGCAACCAAGAUCGUUUCCUAGGUGAUGGAGCCACACACAUCACCAACAGUGCCAGGACUGAUCAGGCACUACGGGUGCCUCCCCAGAGCAGGACCCCUCCAACUUGUUUGUGUGGGAGAGUGGAGGGUGGGUACAGGGGGAAGUAGCUGCCUCUUUUUCCAGCUUGUGUUGCCUCCAGUCUGGGGCAUUUCAAACAUGAAAAAGCCUGAUGGUCUGAGAGCAGAUCUCUGGAGCCUGUGUGCAAUCUGUUUCUUUGUGAAUGGCUCUUGCAGUGACUGAUAAACUAGAGCGGAAGAACAUUGAAAAAGGGUCUUUGAACAAUGUACAUAGCAUUCUGAAACAAUGUACAUUCCGAUUCAGUACUGCCUGAAGUCUAAAAACAAAAAAAAAAAAACCUGAAAGCUGGAAUUCUCUGCCUUUUUAUUAUUCUUAUUUUUUAUAACCCUAGUACGCCAAAGUGUGAUUUUUGAAUAACAACAUGGGGCGUGUCUCAGUGCCAGCUCUUGAAGCAGUGCUGCUUCUUCCAGUGACACUUAAUAGAAGGUGGUACUGUACACUCCCUCGUACUAAAAUGCAUUGGACCAGUUUGCCAUUAAGAGCAUUCUCUGAACAGAAAGACCUCCCACGACGAGUCCUGCUUUUUAACAGCUGUCAUGGUGUGUGACAUUCUUUUCUAAAUACGUGGCUCUAAUUUUAUAACUUAAAAAUAGUUCCUUUAACUAUGACUGGGAGGCUCCUGUAUCUGUUUUUUGUACCCUUAAUAGUGUUCUUGCUGUAGGUCACUGUUGCCUUCAGUUCAGAUACAGGAUUUAAAAAAGCCAUAGCCCUGGUAUAAAUUUAAUAGUGAAUGGGAAGCUAUACACUGCUUUUCUACAGAGUAUGUCACUGUGUGACAUUGCACAGUAAAAUGUGUGUAAUAAAACCCAUUGUCUAAUAAGCACCAGCCCUGGAGCCUGCAUGACACAGAAGCACAGUGUAGGGACAGCAUGUUAAAGAGAUUACGCAACACAAGGAAUUGAGAUAAUUUUUCUGUUGCUUGGAAUAAGUGACAGAUUGAGAGACAGAAAAGGGGGCUACUAACACAGCAGCCAAGAACACUUUAAAAGGGCUUGAGAAAUGCUGGGGGUGUACAUUCUGCUACAUGUGCAGUGCUUUCAUCACAUCUGAAGUGCUCUGCUCACACAGAAAAUUAUAAUUAAAGAAAAAAAUCUAACCCACUGGCUGUGGCAUAAUUAAAGUGGAAGCAAUGAAUGACAUGAAUGACAUCUAGCUGCUCAGAGGGGACACUUCAUUUGCGUUAUGAAAUCUGCAGAUCUAAUUAGGCAAUAAAAAGGCUCUUCAUCAGUCUCACUGUCUUCAUGCCAUGUGCCUGGCUCAGUUAGCAGGUUAUUUUUUAUGCAAAGCGAUGAACCAACUCACCUGCACUUUUAAAUGUUUCAGUCCUUCUGCAAUGUGUGGAGGGAGAAUGAUUGACAGGAGACCCAACAGGAGCUUUAAGGAAAGCAGCUGCACAUGAACACAAGCACACCAGGAUUGCAUUGUUCUAGACAAUUAUUCCUUCAGUAAUUGAACAACAUGAUAAUCCACGUCUUGAAAUCAACAUCAAAUCAGAACAAUUCUAAUAAAAACACCACUUGAAAUGCUGGGCUAUGACG